AUGAUUUUCACAUGUCUUCAGCAGCUGCUUAUAUAUCUCAUACUAUUUUGGCCUCAAAUGACAGGUAUAAUUAAGUAUUCUUGGUCGGUUCUCAUUGCUGAAAGCCUUUCCACAAUUAGAAGUAUUGGCUCAGAUAAUCUUUAUUGUUUAGUUUCGAAACUCACACUCUGAGCAGAUAUUCUUGAGUGCGUUUUAAGCUUCUAUUAUCAAAACUUCGCCUUAAUAAUCUGGCUCUGUUUAUGAUUUACAGAAAUGAUGAUAUAGAAAAAUAUCUUAUUGCCGCGUGUUUUGCAGUUUAGAGUUUGCUUUUGAAGAUGCAUGUUACCACGCGCUUUAUAACUUUCAUCAUUAUCACAUCCACUUGGAAUGACUUCGUUUUUUUAACAUUGAUUUUGUGACAACGCAUUUCGAAACCAAAAGACCUGAUACAGUUACGGGUUUGAACUGGAAUAAACACCUGUACAUGUGAAAUUGUUCGUCGAGCUUUCAUAUUUAACUUUCAUAUUCUUCUUGUUCUUAGCUUUGAGUUUGUUUUCUGAAGAAACACUUUAAAUUCGUUUCGAGCCUUCAUCAUUAGUCAUAGGCAUUGACAAAAUUCUGUUACUAAAUUCUAAUAAUUAUUAUGAUGAUGAUGGGAUUUAACAACACAUUUUUAAAUUUUUGAGUCUGCUUUUGUAGUUUUAUGUUGAAAUUCGUGUUGAGCUUUCACGGUUGUUGCCUGGGGUGGAUUAGAGAAGAGAAGCUUAGAGACGGAAAUCUGUUUAUGAUUGUUUUCCUUUCCUAUUGUUGCUAUGUAUUGUUAUGUGAUCAAAACGAACACAAAACUGUUCAAAAUGUUGAAGCCAAAAUUUUAUUGGUAUUAGUAGUAUCUUUCAAUAAUCUGAGAUAAGCAACGGUAAUGGUGAGGAAUUGUAUGCUUACAAUUUUCAAGCGUCGCUCUCGGAUUUUCAAACAUGGGUCUCGGCCCCCCGGGCGUUUCGCAUUUUACCAUCAAUGCCCCUUUAACUCAAAGUCUUGGUGAUUUUUAAUAUUGAUGAUAUCAGUGUUUACUGAGACAGAUUAAGAUAUCAAAUGGCGUUAAAUCGGUAGCUUAAGAACUGUGCCACUUUUCAUUGCAUCAUUAUUGCAGUGUUGAAAAUUUCCGUCAAACGGAGGUAAAAAUUUGAUGAAGGGAAGGCAAUCAUCAAGAAGUAGAAAUAGUCCUGGUGAAACGAGAAUGGUUGAGUAUGAUAAGAAUCAAGACAGAUCACCAAUGAUAAAUUUGCAAAAUUAAGGCUAAAUAUUCCGAGAUAUCAAUUAGUGACGAAAAUUAUCAUAUUUGUAAUCUGUGUAACUUAGCAUUCUCCUAAUGGCAAGAAAACACCACAGGUGUUGACAGAUAGCUGUGAAAUAUAGACACCAAAGAGGUGAAAACAGACAGACCAAGGAAAACGAGGCAGCAAAGAUAAAUACAGAACACAAAUUUCAAUAAUGUAAUCAGUUAAUUUUAUCGCCCUUUUUCUUGGACCGAGAGAUUUUUCUGUUUUGCCUGAGUUAGAUUGCAUCCGAAAUUGUUAAGGGAUGAUUUAUAGUGGCGUCACUCUUCCAUCUUUUACAUCUACAUACUGUACGUUGAAGAUAAUGUUAAUUUUGUUAUCAAUAAUUUUUUCACGAAGAGGGUCAAUGUAAGAAUCACAAAGCGGAACUCCAUUUAUGUUUUAAAGUUGUACACCACAAAAAUUGAUAAAUAGGCCUGAAAUGAGAUUCGAUCUUUUUCUUGAUUAUACGUUGCUUAGCACGUGACCAAAAUCUACCAAGGCGGAAAUCCAAAAUAACGGUGGCAGUCUGGGCUCAGUUAUUUCACUCAAAACUCGUUUCCGUUUGUCUCAUUUGAUAAAGAGAGAAUCGUCAAUGUUUCAUUAAUACAGUAUUGCUUUGAUUUUCCAAUAUUUACAACGAUAGACAGUAAAUUUUACUUUUCACCCACAUUUAUUACCAACCUUUUCUUUUGAACCAGAAACAAGAAUGAUUUAUGUUAAAGAAACGACGUCAUCCACCCUUGUCAAAUGUAAUAGCAUGAUCAUUACAAUCGCAGUGGCUUCUAAUUCCAACGUAAAUUUGUUUCUUUGCCACAUUAUUAGCGAACACUGAUCAUGAACUACUGCUCGUACUCUAGAUAUGACAAUCAACCACAAAAUUCCCUAAACCAGAUAACAUUAAACAUAAUCCAAAAAGUCAUGUAAGUCAUCUGUCAAUUCACGAGUUUGCUCACAGAGCACUUUGAUGUGUGACGUGGAGUGUUGAGCUUUGAAAACUGCUUGUGCAGGGCACACUGAUGCAGGGAUGAUUUCAAGAAAUCAUCUACUUCUCACAUGAUAAUUCAAAAUUUUUUACUAGUCAUGGCUAAUUCUUCGAUUGUCGUUUUAAUUGUUAACGUUUUUGUCUUUUUGCAGUGAUAAAUUCUUAGGUAUGACAAUAACCACAAAAUUUCCGUAAACCAGAUAACAUUAAACAUAAUCCAAAAAGUCAUGUAAGUCAUCUGUCAAUUCACGAGUUUGCUCACAGAGCACUUUGAUGUGUGACGUGGAGUGUUGAGCUUUGAAAACUGCUUGUGCAGGGCACACUGAUGCAGGGAUGAUUUCAAGGAAUCAUCUACUUCUCACAUGAUAAUUCAAAAUUUUUUACUAGUCAUGGCUAAUUCUUCGAUUGUCGUUUUAAUUGUUAACGUUUUUGUCUUUUUGCAGUGAUAAAUUCAGUGGAGGCCAGUCUAACAGAGGGUGAGUUAAAGCAUGUAGAAUUGUACUUAUCUUAUCUUAUCCUGUACCUCCAGCGGGUUUAGGGUUUCUUUAAAGUCUAUUUAGGGAGUAAGUAAGUAAACUCUUUAUUUAAAGAGGGUAGUACUUAAUAGCCAAAAGGCUGAUAAACUUGGCACCUAAACCACCUCCAACAAAUUCAUUGCCACAACCCCCUUUAAGAGUAAGCUUAUAAAUACCCACCUUAUUACAGUUAUUCUAGCUAUAAGUCCGAAGUUGUUGUGAAUUGUUUUACCGGGGAAGGGGAUUGAGUUCCUCUUGUAAGGAUAAAAAAAUGAACUUUUACUUUUUUCUUUUUGAUGGUUAAGUUACCUUCAACGUAGGAAAAACAUAGAAAUGUUAAAAGAGGUAAACCUGGAAAAACUCAGAAAUUAGAACGGGUAUCACUGACAUAGAUGGUAAAUGACGAAAUUAAAAAAUUUAGGACGAACAUCUCCGAAGAUGCCCAAAACAAAACGUAGCUCCAGUAGCAUCGAAAACGUCGACUUAAUCGCACAACCCAAGCAUGAAAAAAACUCCACCGGUACAAGGGAAAAAAAAGAAAAUACAGAAAGGAAUAUUUUAUUAGACGUUUUAUUUAAGCCUCAUUUGCACCAAAAUCUUUAUGAGUCCCUGUCCCUUCUUGUUGUUUUCAUGCGGAUAUGUGGGAGCACUUUCCUAUUAAAAUCCAGCGGUCCGCGCCUGGCUAGGUGUGGGGGUAAGAAAAACUGUGCAUAUGGCAGUAAUGUCAAUACUUUUUCGACACGUGGCUGUAGAUGGUGUAAUAGGAGGCUGUGCCCUGAAAAGGGGCGUAAAGAGAUACCCAAACUCGAGGGCCUGCUCAGGCUAAAUAUGUCUUACGGGCGGUGGUGGACCGUCAGUAACCGGCUUUGAUCGAAACCUCUGGCAUAAGGCCUAUCUUGUAUUAAGCCAUCAACUAAAAAUAUUUGAACGAAGGAUUACGACUUUGUUCUUUACCAGGCGACUUGCGACUUGUUGACGGAGGAAGCGAUAACCAGGGACGAAUAGAAAUCUACUUCAACGAGACCUGGUGGAGGCUUUGCAAACGCCAUUUUAAUCACCAAGCUUUCACAUCUGUGUGCCGAACGCUCGGUCUCCCAGAUCCGGAGAGUAGGUUCUAUGACUCUGACUUUGGUACGGGUAACUACUCGUACCUACCUAGAGAAUUUCAAUGCGAUAGCGAAGACACACCACUUUUGGACUGCCGCCAUGAAGAGUAUUAUGAUAGUCACUGUGAUGAGGACGCAACAGUAGGGGUUUCAUGUGGGGAGCUUGCUUAUGCACGUAAGUCCGACAUCAAAUUGAUAACUGUAUAAAGGUCUAUAAGAACACAUUCCUUUAUACCUAAGAAGUAGAAUGAUCGAGGGCAGCGGGCGCCUUAUUUAAGCUCAGUAGUUCCAUGUUCCGUAUCUCCCCGCGACCUGUAACUUGAGUUGCUCUCUAUCGUCUCGAGGUCAACUGUACGUUCUUAUCUAUUAUUAUUCAGUUGGUUUUCUACCGGCUAGAAGGGAUACUUUGCUAUUUGUUGUUUUUUAUGUGGAGGCUGCGAUACAUUUUAAUGAAUCUACGGUAACUGCAUUACUUUGAGUUUCCCUUUUCUUUUACAAAGCGUUUCUCUUCAAUCAAUAGAUCACAGGUAACUUGGAAAGCAAACAAAAUAACAAAAAGGAAAAAGAUAUGAUAAUAUCGAUGACAAUGAUUAAAAAAGAUAAUAUUUAAAAUAGAUAAAUAGGUUAGUGAAAACAUAGACAGGUGUGUCACCUAUGCUUUUAACCUCAUUUUAUUGUUUUACAAAAGAAUCGGUCAUGUUCCUGGAUUUGAGACCUUUUUAUUGGGGAAAUGAAGGUACAAAGAAAUCUCCCGUAGUCUCCAAACAUUUUAUCAUUCAAAUAUGUUGUUUUAUUCUAUCAAACAGAAUGCGAUGGUGGUUCGAACAGAACAGAUCUUUCUGGUUCAUUACAUUUCAUGAAGGGUUCAAAGCCGCAGGAGAGGAGAUGUGAAUGGAUAAUUGGGGAUGAAAGAGACCCGAAAGGAGAUCAUGUCAUUAUUAACACAUAUGUAAAAAGAGGAGCUAAAUGUGGGUAAGUCAUGUUCAUUGUCCAUUUUCCUUUCAAUUUUUUUUGUCGUUAACGACGAGCGCUUCUUUUCUUCCGGUGUUUUUGUUUUCUCGAAAUGAUUUAUCUACUCUACUUGCCGCUGAAAAGUAUGAGCACCCAAUUUUCAAUCUGUCCCUACUACACACGAAGAGAGGUUAGCAGCUGAGACUGCAAGAACGGUAGGGGGAGGGGGAGUGAUAGAGGGGUGAGGGAGUAAGGUGGUAGGAUGACUCACUCGUAUUAUUGGAUCGAAGCCGUCAUUCCCAGGUGCGCGUCACUAGAAUGCUUUGCAUUAUAGUACAUAUCAGAUACAUCUUACUGCGAUCUUACCAACGUUUAAUCGUUUUUACCGAAGGGAUUAUCGAUAAUAUGUCGUAGAGCCUGCAAUUAGGAAGCACUUAAGGGUAUAGAAAUUGUCCAAUAGAUAUACGCGUUCCACGUGGGAAUUACUUCAUACUCUGAAAGCUGCUGCCUGCUAAGGAAACCGGGAUAUGCUCCGACUGAGUGCUGGCCACCCAGAUCGACUAAAUCAGUUUAUUUUCAUAUUAAAGGUUAUGCUUGACUAAAAACAUAUGAAAGAAUUUACUCUAUGGUACACUGUUUUAUUUCUUGUUAGAACGCAACUAAACAUCCAGAUGUUUCCUGACCAACACUAUGAUCAUGUGAUAAUGUGCCGGGAGACGACUACCCAAAUAAUUGAAUAUGACGCCCCGAAAGUGUUUGUGACAAUUGAUCAACAACUUGUCGACAAUGUCUCUUUUGACGGAGCUUAUGUCUUUCUUCAAGGCAGUUAUGAAUCCGGUGAGCCUUGUACAGCACAGCUAAACGAAAUGUUUAAUCUUAUUCAUCGUUCUACUCUUAAAAGUGGCAUUAACUUUUUUGACUGUGAAUAUAUGAAAUCAUACAUGUGAACUGCGAAUAAAAGGAGCGAAUAUGAAAGCGGUCUUUGCAGUAAUGACCAAUACUCAAGCAGUAGUGGAAAUAAGGCCUGAAAUAAAUUCAGGAACCAACAAAGUGAUUAGCUCCCGGUUAGCUUGUUAGCUCAGGUAGUAGGCCACUGCACCGGUAUCGCGAAGGUUAUGGGUUCCAAUCCCGUACAGGCCUGAACUUUUUUAAAGCCCUAUUUUCACUACAGCUUUAGUAGUAGUCACUACUGCGAAAAUCGCCUUCAUAUUCACCAAAUCUUUCUGUUGCAUGAUAAAAACAUUGAUAAAGAACACCACAAUCCUUAAUGUUAGCACAAAUACAAAACUUAAAGAAUAAAAGAGACAAAAUCAAAAUAAAUGAAUUGAGUUUUUGACUGGUUAUCCAAAUUCCUUUUUGAUAACAAAAAACAAAAACGAAGCAAACGAACGUUAAAAAAAACAAAACAAAACAAAACCAGGCUGGCGAAUGAGAGACAGCAUUGCUACCUCUUCAACUUCCAGUGGCGUUACCGCUUUAAUCUCGAUUUUUCGUCCACUGCACUAAAGUUUUUCUUUGUCUGGUCAGCUCCACAGGUCAGUGGCUGGGAUGUAAGCGUGAUCAAUAUCACAGAGGACAGUUUUCAAAUCGAGUGGACAGCGCUGACCUCUGAGAUCGAUCAGUCAGUGGAAGUCUAUGUUGUAAUCGUUGCUUCCACAACGAGACAUGACGUUGUGAAUGGAAGGAUUGUGACAUCAUCCACUUCAUCCUUGUGGCUGCACGGUUUGAUUCCUUACCAUGAAUAUAACAUAUCAGUUGUAGCUGUGGAUGUUUUAGGUCAGCCUCACAAAAGCAAUGAGAUAAUAAAAUCCACCCACGAGUCAGGUAUUUUUUAUGAAAUAUCGUUAAAUCGUUAUCAAAGUUGAGUUUUCGUCGAAAGUAAAAAUAUUUUAUUAGCCUCGAGUUUGAAAUUAUGUUGUCUCCACCAUAGUCAUCAUCAUGAUCUCUCAGUGAAUCAGUGAAUCACUCAUCCAUUUCAAGUGACUUUGCUCCAUCUUUUUGUUGCGUUUACAACAAUAGUAGCGUUUUUAGGAUGAAUGACACUUAGUGUUUGAAAUGAAUAAAUACUUUUCCUGUGUUCACUAUAAGCCUCCUUUACACUUUUCAUACAAAUCAACCACUAGAUAAAACGUUCUCCUAAAUAAAAGAUGGUCCAGAAUGUGGUUGCGCCAAAACGAGUAAACGUUUCUUUAUAUAACAUAUUUUUUUUGCAGUGCCAAUGUCUGGCCCUCAUAUUCAUGACAGCUAUCCCGAUGAAAUGGGCUGUGUGAAGGUCGAAUGGGAUCCCAUUUCCGAGUAUGAACGUGGGGGUCAGAUUCUUGGGUAUACCCUCUCGUACAUCGCUACCUGUUUUGAGAAUGAUCCAGAGCAUGAUGGACACGAGGGGAACGUGACAGUAGAUGCUUCCAUUUUCAAUAUCUCGCUUUGUAAUCUACGUCCCGGAUUGAAGUAUCGCCUUGAACUGGAGGGAUUUACCUCAAAGGGGAAUGGGCCGCCUACUCAUAGAGACACCUAUGCAAGUAAGUAACGUUGUCAGUGUUAAGGUUUCUUCAUUAUGUAUAACUUGGGGGGGAGGGGUAGGAGGAUUUUUGGGGAGAAUUGCACUGUACACGGUUUGAGGGAGGACGGAAAGGGGGUGAUUCGUCACAAACAGAUUGUAAAGGGGAGCCCGUAGAAAAUUGACCGCCAAUGAGGGUGAGGGUGAUCACUAGAAUACCACACACCUUAGUGGGGAAAGAGCAGGAAAAAUCAUGGCGAUACGACCAAAAUCCUCAAACCACCCUUCGCCGAUAACUAAUGACUGGUUGCUUAUCCUGCUGUGGAACUGGAUCUAUUAUCACUCAUCGUUGUUCGUUUAUUAGUAAUUAUUACUAGAAUAGACUUACUCAUAGUGGAUAACCAAUACUCAGCGAUACAACUCGUGAGUACCAAUUUUUUUUCCUCUGAAAACCUCAAAACAAGAAUUCUUUCAGGAAAAAAAAAUAAAUGAAAAGGACCAGAAGUCAUAUUAAACAAAUAAAUAUGGCAAAACGACAUCAAUAAAAUUUUUCUUGCUUUCUUGAUCGUUUUUGUUCUACAAAGUUAAAGCUUUCGUGGUUUAUUUCCUGUGACAAAACUUGCAAGGGAUGACGUGAGUGCUGCCCCGUGCGCCUGCGGCUGGGGUUAAGUCUUUUUUCAGCGCUCUAUUCACUGCCUAUCCCACCCCCCUCCCCCCUCCCCCCUCCCCCAUUAUAAAAUUAGUCGCAUAGCAACUUGCGUCAAUUUCUUUUCAUGUUUCCCUUUAGGCUGUGGUGGAAUAGGCACCCUCACAAAGUUGAACGGCUUAAUAGAAAGUCCCAAUGCGCCUUGUUCAUAUGGGGAAGAGCAAGAUUGUCAUUGGUCUAUCCAGCCCAAUUCAAGUAGUCCAAUUGAAACAAUUUGGAUGUGGUUUGAAGGUUUUUAUCUUGCCUAUGAUGAUUACGGAGACCGAAAUUGUGGGUAAGUAUCUAGUACACGAAUUGGUUGCAGAGCCCUCCGCUCUAAUUUUUAGCAGGAGGUUCAUUAAGAUUUAAUUAUUUCUUCAUUGUUUUUUUUAUCUCACCGUAGUUCGAAUACAAAUUCUUGGCAAAAAAAAGUGUGUGUACUAAACUUUUUUUUUACUCGACCAUGACUUUUUUGACUUUUUACCGAACGACACUUUGCUGACAAGUUACUGUUACCAAUUCCCUUUAACUGAUCUGGUUUCUUAGACAGAAUGAUGCGGUGGCGUUUUCAACUACGGACAUUAGCUUUGACGUCUUAGUCUGCCGUCAUGGAGGAAUGGAUAAUAAGUUCGUUAUUGUAAGCUUAAGCAGUCACCUCGAUGUUGCCUUUCACACGAGACUUAUGAGAGGGAGUCAAGGGUUUACAGCGUCUUACGAAGCAGUCGACAGCAAAUUCACAGGUGAUACUUUUAACUGCUUUCUCUAUUAUUUUCAUUAUUAUAAUUUUUUCAUUAUUAAUAUCAUUAUCAUUAUCAGGAAAGUGAACAAAUCAAGGUUCAUUUUCUUCCUUUUGCCAUGAAUGUCAUGCUCAACCCUUAUACUCCCUAACAUCAAUAUAAAUGUUCUUCAUACUGUUUUCUUUACAUUUUCUAUAUUUUUGAAAACCAGAAUUUGUCUAACAAUUACUGAGAGCUUCUUUGGAUGGCUUUUUGCUUUAUUUUCAUGACCUUGAUAUUUGAUUCAGCCACGACACUGUAACGAGAAAGUGAGUGCUUGGUAAGCACUGAUAUAUUGAUGCUUAAUAUAAUCGGGUUAAGAUUAUCAUGUCAAAUAGGCUUAAAGUUAUUCCAGAACAAAUGACAUAAUUUCUCAAUUUUACUAUUUUUUGCAUUUAUCAUGUGAUUGCAGUAACCCAACUUUCCUCUUGGAAUGUCAUAGUCCAGCAACAUGGGUCAUCUGCGAGAUUAGACUGGUUCGCCUUUCCAUUAGGUAACCCAAUUCAAGACCUGUACAUGGCGUUCAAACAAGCAGAUGAGGAUAUCAUUGUUUUGAUUCCCACGGCAACACACAACUCGGGAGACGACAUAGAUUUUUUGCUUAUGCCUGGCCGUCAGUACAUCAUUCAGAUGAUUGCCUUUGUGGGCGGCAUCGGAGACGAUAUUUACUCAAGUAAUAAUGUCUCAAUUACCACCGAAGAAGGAGGUAUGUAACCAAAACAAGGCGUGUUUUAAGAUCUGCAUAAUUUCCAAAGUUUUGUCUUGUUUAGUUUGAAUUCCCCCAAAAAAGGGUUGUUCUUUUAAGGUCAGGAGCUGUUGUUAUAGGGAGAACGUAUAAAUCGUGAAGCUAAAAGUUUAAUAACGAGGAAGGGAUAGAAAUCGCAAAAAUUCGUGAAGCUGAAAGCUAUGCCGCUUUCUCAAAGAACAUAACUUUCACUUUGAUCAUGUAACCAUUCAUGCCCCUUCAUAGAGACAUCCACGAUUUGUGGAAAACUUUCUGGUUGCACAAAAAGAUGGUAUAUAGUACAGAUGGUACAUAGUUGUAUAUGGUAGAAUUUACAUCGUCGCAGUCUAUAUUAUCCAACUUAUCAUUGUUAUUUUUUUCAAGUAGUUACUUUCACGCACAUGUUUUACGAGCCUUGUGCUUCUCGGUGUAGCGCACUUAAAUAAAAUAUUGUUGGUGUUGCGGUUAUGUAUUCUGCAUUGUUUCACGCCUGUGCAAAGUGAAAGUGUAGCAUUAAUCAACGAUGUUAGAUGAAUUCAACUCUGAGAAUUCAAUCCAGAACUUCGAUAUAGUCACAAAAAUGAUCUUUUCACCUACCUUUCAGCUCCAUCGAGAGCGCCGGAAAAUGUGCACGUUAAACUCCUGGACCAUAACGGUGUCGAAGUAACAUGGGAUCCUCUUGAAGCGAAAUAUGCAAAUGGCAAGCUCCUUGGAUACAAGGUCCAAAUCAGGGAAUGGAAAAGCCAUUAUGAAUGGUGGUAUGACGACGGGGAUAUGGGAGAUGUUAUCAGGGUGAAUUCUACGGAUACCCACCUUACUCUCGAGAGCUUGGACGGAGGAAGAAAAUAUCAAAUCGCGGUUGCGGCAUUCACCGUUGAUGAUGGACCGAAAUCAGACUGGGAAACAGUACUUAUUGGUAAACAAGAAAUUAAUUCUCCAUUGCAUUACAUCGAUGAGCAAGAAUCAAUCUACAAAUUUACGUGUUUUAAUUGAUUUGCUUAUUUUAAUAUAAUUUUAUAAAUACGUAUUUUAUACUGAAAAGAAUAAAUCCUUCAGAUGCGUUAUGUCAACCAACAAAAUUCAUCUAGGACUUAUCCAGUUUUCCAAUCUUUCAAGAAAUCAUUCUCCCAACUACACUUCAUCAGCUAACUCGAAUCCUUGUUCAAUUCAAUCAUCCACUAAAUCAUUCUACUUCUUUUGCGAAUCAAUGCUUGCCCUCAUCAAAAUUACAAUGAAAUUCUUAGGCUUGGUCGGCUAUCAACGGCCGCCGAUUAUUAAGAGUAAUAAACAGUUUGCACAUUCAAAAUAACAUGUUUAAACAACGCUUGUUAGGUUCAUUUUAUAGAGAAUAAGGUUCGUUAUCACCCUUUUAUCUUAAAUAAAUUCGCAACCCGACCUUGUGCCUUCCAUUUCUGUCCGGAACUUUACAUUUGCCUGGCAAAUCGAACCCCAUCGCAAUUGUAAAAUCUUGUCUAAGACUUGUGGGAUGAUAAAAGGAAUUCGACUUACCUUGAUCCUAUCAACAUCAUUAAUAACGCAUUGCUUUUGUCAGGUUGUGGCGGAACUUUCCAUGGUUACUUUGGAGCAUUCAAUCUUACACAAUGGAGCUGGGCUGGACUAGACUGUUCGUGGAGGAUUAACAAUCCUGGCCUUACCAACCCCGUGAUGAUCAUAUCUGCACAAUACGUGGAACUUAAAUCUUGCGAGUAAGUGACAGGUCACUUUUUAUCAUUUGGGGGGCAGGGGGCACAGAAGGGGCACGGGGAGGGGGGGUAGGGGGGACAAGGAGGAUUUUAAUUGUUACAUUGAAAUUUGCUGAUCCCCCAUACAUGAUUCCCCAUUCCAAAUUCUCACGUUUACCCCCUUAUUGGAAGUUAAUUGGCAGCCAAGUUUCUAUAGUCCUUAAUUCAUAUUCUGUUGGAGAGGACUGAUCCCUCUAUCCGUUCCCCCUCAAAACCAUGUUCUCCCCUUACCCCAAAAUCCUCUCCCCUGGGCGAUAAGUAACGAUUUGGUUUAAAUCUCAUUCAUGUCUACCUCAAUUAUGUUUGUAAUGCUGAUUGCGUAGACUUGUCGUGUGGAUGGUAAUAAGUAUCAUUUAAGAUCAUUCAGAUAAAUUGAUCAGGAUUCUUCUCGUAAAGAGCGAGUCAAAUAAACCUUGCUUCUCACAUUCCAUUUUUACCUGCAAACUCUUUCACCUUUGGUAUAAACAGAUCUUCGUCCAAGAUCUUUGGAAGUGAUGGGAACGAGCUAUGGAGUUAUGAUGGUUGUCAUUAUGAAACGGUAAAAGGUGAUAUAGUGGAGGUUCCUUUUGACGGGUCUGACUUUUUGACCCUCAAGCUUCAUACAGAAUACGGAGGAAGCCAAGUGAUAUCAGAAUUUGUUCUUUUGGAACAAGGGAAAGCUCUGUAUUCAGGUAUAGUUGAGCACUGUUAGCUGUUCUCAUGCUAACAACCGCACUUACCAUAUAUGUUGCAGUUAAUAAUGGUAACAGGAUCGCGUGAAGUCCAAUUCAGUAUGUAAUCAUACGAGUGAUAAACAAAGUCGAAAGACAACUUUUUUUUGGUUAAAAUCCGCAAAUACGUGAACUUUGCCAAAUUUUGCUCUAGUUGCUUUAGUUCAGUUAAAUUGGUCGAUCAUUGACAAAAAUGCCUCGUUUACCUUAUUUAACUUUCCUUGUUACACUGUAUGAAAAGGUAAAAAUGGAUUCGUUUCUUAUUUAUUUAAGGUGCAUGAAAAAAAAAGUAUCUCUUUAUCUUUAGCUAAUCUGCAUAUUCUCUAUUUCUAGCCUGAAGUAUUACAAACCCUUGCCUAUGAGACCACUGACUCAAUGUCCUUUCUAUCCUGCAGAAUUAAAUAAAUAAAUGAAUACAUAAAGAUUAAAUUAAUGAGUUUGGUCAUAGGCGGUUUAUAGAAAGGGUAAUGGUUUGCACCUCAUAGCGGAAUACCUUACUAUAAAAAUCUCAUCUGACCCAGAUCAAUUGUUUUUUUCAGCUGCCUCUUUCCAGCCUCCAUGGAAUGUAACAGCAAGCAACACUGAAGUCGGGAGUGUCAUAUUUGACAUGUCUCGUUUCCCCAAAGAUAAAGGAGCCUCCUUCUUUAUUAUAUCUCUAAAUAGUACGGAAGAGAAUCCCGGUUGCAGGGGGCAUCAUGGGAAUGACGACAAGCAACCUCCAGUUUAUCUGCACAUGGUAAAUUCGUCGAAUUCCGUGAAGGAAGUGUUUGGUCUUCCGGUAUCGGGCAGCUUUACGGUUGUUGUUUACCUCGUUGGCAAAAAUGAUGAAAUUUACAAAAGUGAACAAUUUCUAAUGGAGACGAUGGAAGGUGGUGAGUACUACCGAUAACUAUUUUUCUCAUUUUUUUUCUUUAAGCAUUUUGUGCUCUGAUUUGCUUCGUUUUGAGAGAAAUGGGGGUAUAGACCUAGCCAAGCCAUACUUACACUUUCAUAUAGAGAAGCUUUCCAAUAUCUAAAACUGAGAAAUUGAGUUAAGAAAAAAAAGAAGAAACGUAUCGCCUAGAAAUUAAUAAAAUGAAGAACUGGUUUAGUUUGGUAAAACAUUCGAACGAGCACUGAAUUUUUGGAGCUCCUCAGAUACAACGGAAGCCCACGCCUAACACAUAGACCCGCAAACAGACUUAAAAGGGUGACAGUAAGAACUGAAAAGCAUCGCCAAGAAAAGAAAACGAGGGACCAUAUCGGUGCAAUUAUGAGAAAAUGUUAUUUUGUUUUAGUUCCUAGUGAAGGACCUGCUUAUACGUGGUACAAAGUCCUGUCAGCAAGCAGCGCCAUCAUCGAAUGGUCCGAGAUAUAUCCAGAAUAUCACAAUGGAAAACUUCUUGGCUACAAUAUCACCUAUUUUCCCGAAUGUUUUAAAGAGAACUUUCAUUCUCAACAUGUUGAACAGUUGACAGUCGACUUAUCUUUUAGAAGCCAUACUAUCACUGGUCUUCAGCCAGGAACCAAGUAUCGAGUAUAUAUCGCUGGAUUUACGGCAGGGGGAGUUGGAGAGCACAGGGAUAUAGAGUUUUUUACCCGUGAGCUACCAUUAGUUCUAAUUUUCAAAGUAUUGCUUUCACAGUGGUGCUUUACAAAGACCGCCUGUUUUUUGUUUGUUUUUGUUUUUCGUUUCAUUGUCAUCGUUAAACCGUAGGCCCCCCCCCCCCGUCAAUUGUUUGGUUAUGCAAUAGUUACCUUUAGCCACGAAGACACAAUCUUAUGGAUAUAUUUGCGGUUUAACUGACGUAGAUCAUAUAAUCCAGUAAAUAAAGAAAUAAUAUUAGAGAAUUGCAUUUGCUCCGCUGAUAAGAUUUUCAGGCUUAGCGAGACAACUUACCACAGGUUCUCUUUUUCAGUGCUCGAAGGUGUUUCUUGAGAAAUUUGAUAGCUAGUUCUAUUAAUAUCAAUUGUCAUUCAAUCCAUUAGUCUAAAAAGACCUUCCUUCGCUUCCUAGCUUGUGGAGAUCCAAGAGAAUUGACAGAAGUUAAUGGAACCUUUUACAGUCCCAACUACCCCUGUCGCUUCCGAGGGCCUCAAUACUGUCGAUGGACCAUCAAGCCAAGCGGCCCCACCAAAGUUAUAUGGAUAACAAUCGUAAACUUCCGUUUGGAUCGUCACGAGUACUGCAAGUAAAUGUUAUCGCAGUCUGUUGGUUGUUGCUGUUUUUUUUCCUUUUUGUUUUUUUUGUUAUAUUGUACACUUGUGUGUUAAGCGCAGGCUUUGUUCUAUUUUGUUUGGUAAAUUGGUUUUGGAGCUCGAAAUGGUAAAGGGUGACUGCAGCAUACCUCUGAGAUUAAAAAAGAUAUUUUCAAUCCCCCGGACAUAUGAGAUUUAGAUCAUAUCAAAUAUAUAUGGCGUGGCCGACUCGGAAGCACGACGGUUGGCGCGCUGCACUGCAUAGCGCUAUCAAAUCUAUUUUUCUAAGACCCUAGUUCUGCAGCUUUGGUUUCUUAAUUGCAAUGUAAAGCAAUUGCAUUGGUUAUGCUUUACUUCGAUCUGUGAUUGGUCCAAAAAACUCCCGCCUCUCUCUGAACCAAUCGGAGGCAAAACUAUAACCAAUCACGACUGGGUCGCCCGCGUUUUCCCGCGCUUUAGGCAGUUUGGGUUUUCUAAUUGGCUCUUGAGAUAUUUUCCUAUCUUCUGAUUGGCCGUUGUGGUCAUUUUGAUUUUGGUUUUAAUCAAAAAGCGCUGUAUCUAUCUAAUCACUAGAAUAUCGAUAAAAGGAAGGCAAAUGAAAUCUAUGCUGUAAGCGAGCGAACAGAGACUAGCGUUAUUGGUGGCGUUUUCCUCUUAGUUUUUUUUUUACAUUUAUUAAUUGUUUUUUUGUUAUCAUUAUCACACAGCAAGAACACAUGGCUCAGUGUUACAGCAGGGCGCUACAAUAAUGAUACCUUACUUUGUGGUCACAUGGAUUUCUUUGACCUUAUAAUAUCAAAUGACGAAGCUGAGAUCGGGUUUUAUGCCCGAGAGUAUAACGUGGGCGAUGCUUUUCGUGCGUGGUACAAAGCCCUAGAAUAUGAUAUUCCAGGUAUUGAGUCGUGUGUCAUUUCGGAAAUGAAUUUCAUUUCCAAUGCUAUGUUUACUUUGAAUACCAAUCAACUGAACAAUAAAACCAACAUGAACGGCAAUAAGGACAGUAGAAACCAAAGCCCAAUUGUAGAAAGAGCGGAUGACGCUAUCCAACCGAUGGAUGGCUACCCAACGGAUAAGUGAUGGCAAAACGCAGUGUGAAUUCUACCGAAUAUAGAUUUAGCCAGUGAAUAGCGUUAUCCGACCUUCGAACAACCGGGGCCAGAAAUAUACAAACAGCCUUAACAAAACAGUAACCAUUGUCGGCUUCAAACUGUACCUGGUGAAGACGGGCUACUUAUCCGGAAUAUUUUAUGAAAAAGAAGGACACAUGUAGAGAAAAAAAAUAUACAUAUACGUGUAUAUAUAUAUGUAUAUAAACAUAUAGAUACAUAUAAAAACAAAAAACGAAAAGCAACAGCAACUAGCAAACUGACGACAAAAAGCUUUCUUUUAGGAUCGGAUGUUCAGUCAUAAAAUGUUAAUUAUUUUUACUUUUUUUUUAAUUUAAGAAACUCACGAGCCUUCUUGGUCACUCAGAGUCAAUCACACAGAUUCGACAACGGCUCAAAUAUCAUUUGAUGAUUUUAUACAUCACGAUAAACAAGUGAAAAGCUUUUUCGUGAGAGUCACUGAAGCACACAAACGCGUGUCGAUAUUGGUCCCUUUUCCACAUUAUGAAAGAAAUCCCCGCGUAGAGAACCUCAGCCCCAACCGUAGAUAUUUUAUACAGAUAAUGGCAUUCGCGGAAGAUGGGAUAUACACCAGUGAAAACGUCAGCAUGACGACCGGCGAAGGAGGUAAUGUUUCAAACCAUGAUGGACUUUUGAAUAGGUUGACCUUCUAUCUCAAGCAGGAAAUAACCAAUCGGAGAGAAGAGGAGGGUUUUAGGAUGGGGGAAUGUAGGUGUACACUGUAAUGUGAGUAGUUUAAUGAACAGUGGUGGCAAUCUGUAGACGUAAAUGCUGCACCCCAAGUAAUGCACCUUUUUCAGGCCAGAGUUAUUUAACACAAUAUGUGCUACCCACCCUUAGAUAUUCUGAAAAUACACUGUGAAAAUCUCGCAAAGAAAUGGUAAACAAGCCAGAAGCGGAUAUGUAUUUGCUUUUCGUGAGCUUUUCAACGGAUGACUAAAGUCACUCUGUUAUUUAUUCCUUAACCCAAUCACAGACAAACUAGUAAACCUUUUUAAUUACUUUCAGCAAAGUGGAAUCCUUUGGGAGGGAACAGGCUCUGCGGAUAAACAGGGCUCGGGAUCAAACUUUUUUGGUAAAAACUGUAGGAAUGAGUCCUGGCCUGCAGUCGCUCAAACUUACCUUAUCAAAAAUUCGUGUAUUUUGUUAUAAAUAUUUGCUACCGUCUCAAUGACAUAAUUCAGUGAUUCCCAUGGAAGUUUCCUUUUUUUCCAGCUCCAAGCAUGUCUCCAUUGAAUGUACGCGCGGAUAGCCUCUCCGAAAACAGCAUUAGAGUAAUAUUCGAUCCCAUUCCCCCAAGUCACCAUAACGGUCCUCUCCAGGGAUAUAACGUGUAUUAUAGAAACAGAGAUCAUUAUUAUGACCACGAAGGAAAGAAGAUCACUAUCGGCGCAUCAGAGAGACAAGUGAUUAUAGAUGGAUUAGAGACUAUGAAAAAGUACGAGAUUUCAAUGACUGCAUUCAAUAACAUGGAAGGACCUCGAUCGGAAGAGAUAGAAGUUAUUCCUGGUAAGGAUUGUUGUCGGGUAGUCAGUAGGUUAAACAUUCUUUUUGUUUAAAAAUGCAUUUCUCAUUUUUAAGCCCACAGCUCAAUCUUUAGGUCUUUAGAAUGUGACUUAAUGUAUAGCUAUGCGUGUUCCUUUGACUAUCUCUACCCAACUACGCGAGUCAACUAAAACUUUGAGCUUAAGAAAAGGUAUUGAAAUUUUUUUUACCACGCGCUAGUGGUUCAGUUGUUUCAGUGUGCAUUAGAUGUUUUCACCUGAGGCGAUCAAGUUGAUCUUUCAAUAAAAGCAGAAAGGGAUAUUUCUGACUUGUUGAACCGUUCAGUUUAUUGCAUAGCUUCUCGCAGUGGAGGUACAAUUAGUCUAGAUUCCAAAGCCUUACUGUGUGAGGAAAACAUUAAGAAGAGCACCACGACCGUGUAAAAAGAAGAGUGUGCGAGAUGCAUCCAUGUAACGUCACAUUAAAAGUGGGCUCUGCUUUUGACAGAUGACUGCGUUUUAAAUGAAUCCCAUGUUAAUUUUUAUGGCAUGAUAAUAUAGGUUGUGGUGGAGUCAUCAAUCAAACCGCUGCAGUUAUAAGCCUCUAUAAUACAGACUGGGAUACGAAUCAUUGCAAAUGGAGAAUAUACGACAAUGGCGUGAGCAAUGCAGUCCUACUCCUUUCGGUGCAAUACCUACGUUUGGAUUAUUGCGGGUAAUGUGAAAUCUCACCUCUGAAUUCUUUUCCACUUAAGCACAGUUAUAGAAUUUAAGGAAACAGAAGGGACGGAUCCAUGUAACUACUUGGCUCUUCAAGCAGGGGUUGUGUCAGGGUUAGAAGCAGAACUUAAGUAUGGAUUCUGGGGUCAGCCGUAAAUUUCAUUCUUCACUGUUCUCAGCCUAGUUCAGCCUAGCCUCCUUAGCAUUAGGUGUAUGUACUUGGAAGGUGAAGGAACCAUGAAGGUUUAAAACUGUUCGUUUUCGCGGGUCCGGCUGACGCCGUCAAUUUCACUGAACGACCUUAAAACCUCCAGCUACGGAGGGUUUCCCCAACCCCAACAUUAACCUUAUAAAUCUCGGACUUGAUAUUAUUACCAUGACUAGUCCACGGAAAUAAACAUAUUGCAGUGCCCGGUCAACCCAGGAAACGUAUCAGUAAACAAUCUAGUUCCGGAUUGAAAAAAUAGUAUUGCAUUUCCUUCUAGAACGCAAGCUGAGAUGAGAUUUUGAUAUUUCCGAUGUCUAUUUGAUCCUCAGUUAUGAAUACGCCAAGGUCUACUCGGAAGAUGGCGUCAUUCUUAAUCAUGAAGAGUGCUCAACAGUUCGUGGAGAAGUACAUGAAAUACCUUUUAGUGAUUUAGACGUUAUACACGCGGAAGUAUUGAUAAAAAGUAUGGACAGCAAGGUUUUCACUGAACUUGCCAUUUUGAAAGGAGGUCUCCAUUCAGGUAUGCAAUAUUUUCUCGCUUCGGGGACACUUAGAUAUGCAAUUUGAAAGGAAGAAAACAAGGCAAAGUCACCAUUAAUUUAAGAGCGGUUCAUUGUUGCAAGUACAAAGAACACUUAGUGAUGUGCUCAAUAGAAAUGUUUUGCAUGGUUGCGAUUUCCAAAGCUCCCCAAUGCACACCUCAUAUCUAACUUCACAAUAAUUCAUAAUUUUAAGAAGAACAGAAUUAGCGCCGUAAGAUAGGAAAAAAACACCCGAAAUAAUGAAAAAUAAAGACUAAGCUGAUCAUUUGCAUCGUACUGCCUUUGCUGGAGUACAAUUAACUAUUAAUUUUCUUAAAUAUUCUUAAAUAAGUACGGAUAAUCAAUCUUCUGUUUCCUUUUGGCACAGACGCAGCACAUCAAAUUUUUCAGAGAGAAAAAUAAUUACUAUUUCUCAAAUGAUUCCGAGGUGUGUUCUUAACUGCUAAUAAUCCUUUGAAAUUUCUCAUUUUUCACCUCUGAAUCACAAAUUAAGUUCACGAGAUUGAAGAAAAUGAUCAACAACUCAAGAAGCCCUUAAGAAAUUUACAGUAAGGCGAAUAUGUAUGCUAAUGUUAGGAUGUAAAGUAAGUACCAUAAUAAGUCUGCUUAACAACUUCCAUAUUGCACAAUAGCUAAACCAACACAGGUGACUUGGAAUAUCAACGGAAAUGAAGGGAACAGUUUUAUUUCAUUGGACUGGAGUGGCUCCCCUGGCAACCACGACAUUAACUUCUUUGCUAUAUUUCUAAACCAAACGGAGCUUUCCCCAUACGUGAAGGACGACGAUCACUACUAUCACUACUAUAACAACGAAAACAAGUUGGUUCGUUUUCUUAAAAUCGUCAACUCAUCUAAGACUUUCGUUAACAUAACGGACCUUCCAAUAGCUGCGAAGUUUGUAGCCACAGUUUACAUGAUAGAUAAAAACAAUGAGAUUUACAAGAGUGAAAAACUUAUGAUCUCGACGGAAGAGGGAGGUAAGUUAUUUUGACAACAUUGUCCUCGUCAAGAUUUUUGUGUUGAUGAGUGAAAUUACUAAUUCUAAGUCUAGCUAACUGCUACGUCAUUCAUAUUGUUGGUACCCUUUAAGAAAACCUUCAGUGCUAGGAAAAAUUUGUAGUUAUAAUCAAAAUACCCUGAAAAUCCACAAUCGAUGAGAACAUGAGAAAAGUGAACAAGAAGUUAAAAGACAACGGGUUGUUCCUGACUUUUAAUGUAUUUGCUAUUCCCCUUUUUGGAUAGUAAAAAGCUCCAUAGUUACCAAUGUUUUCACGGCAUUUAUUGCCCCGGUCAGUGAGUAUAGACUCAUUAAUUGUUUCUGAAAACUAUAUUGUGAAGAACUAUAGUUGUUAUUAUUAUUGUGACCAAAACUACUCGAUAAUCCCCCUUGAUUGAUUCGUCAUCAGUUGAAUUUCUUAAUCAGUCUGUUAUCUUUCUACCCACUGACAUCACUUUUCGUUUUUGUUUUCUGUAAUUUUUCAUGAGACCUUUCUAGAAACAGACAAUAUACUAUUCAGUUUUAUGUCAUAUGUAAUGAAGAGCGAGCUUUUUAAUUUAACACUUGAAAUCUUCGUACUUUAUUCAAAGUGCCACUUAGGUUUCCUUAUCCUCACGACUGGUCCACCAACUCGGACAACCACAGCGUUUCGUUCCGACUCAGUUCAAUCGAGAGGAGAUACCGUGGCGGUGAAGUCCUGGGCUAUCGUAUCAUGUACGGUCCCUGCUGUGAUCCAAAGAACUUAGAAACUAUGGACGUGGACGCAGAUACCAGAAGAGUCACGUUAGAAAAUCUAACUGACAGUCUCACGUAUGCCGUUUAUAUUGGUGGAUAUACAAGCAAAGGAAUGGGUGUUAUGGGAUCAUUUGGGGCAACUUGUAAGUUAUGAUCUGGCAAAUGAUGUAACACUUUUAGUAGAGGAUAAAUUACAAAUCAGUUGGGCCCUGGGAAAUUAAACGGAAUGCCGGAGAGUAUUUCGUGUGAUUUCUAUCAUACAUAUUUACGGAGCAGUACAGACCAAGAUUCAAAGCUCUGUUUGUUUCCUUCUUACAACUUUUUUCCCUCUCUUUUUUCUCUUCCCUCCCUUCCCUCCUACUCUUGCUCUCAUGCUUCCAUCUCUCCUCCAUUAAUCUUUUAUCGACCCCUCCACAUCCUCUCCAUCAUCGUUCUUAUCCCCGUGCUUGUUUCGAAAGAUAAAAAAAAAGUAGCGUUGAUAUUAACCAAUAAUGUCUUCGUUAAGCCAAACUUGUUUCCCAAGUGAUUGUAAAAGAAUUUAAAUAUGAUACUUCUAGCUGUAUCAUUGAUAUAUCUUUCUGCCUCUUAGUUUGUGGUGAUGAUAUGGAGGCAGAUGCCGGCCAGAUUAUGAGUCCCAACUAUCCUGGUACUCCGUAUAUUGGUCAUGACCAGCGGGACGAAAACCCGAAAUGUUACUGGAACAUUGCACCUAAGUCUAACGUGUCGGGAAUAUUCCUCACUGUCAGACAUUUUUUCCUUGGUCACAAAUAUGAAGGAAACCGAUGCUAGUACGUUCAUUCGAUUAUCUAUAGAGGCUUUAUAUAAGGCUAUAUUUUAGGGGUUUGAGGAGGUUUCACCACAUUGUAAUCGUAUCCUUCACUAGUUCGUCCCGAUAACGACGAGUUAGCCUCGAAUUGAGCUACGAUGCCAAACUGGUAGCUCGGCAAGUUUUGGAGUUUUUUUUCUUUCCCGAGGAGGUAUAUGCGAUCACAAUUUGUAAUGCGGGUAAUAGCGGGUAAUAAUUAGAAUCUGGGAGGCACAAGUUCUAAUCCCACCUCACUCGAUUUUCAAUCAGGAGGUCGAAUGAAAUUCAUUUCGUUACAAAUUGCUCUUUUGUUUGUUGUGGAUCCGUCUCAGCAGAGCAUUAUGCCAAAUGUGUAAGAAAAUUGACCACUCGACGCGCGAAAUCCCCAUUAACUCUCACUGCGGACCGGUACAGCAUAAGUUAGACUCGCUUUCAAAAUAAAUUUGUACCCCGAGUUUAGGACUUGGCUAGAGUCCAAAUUUUGGAUCUAGCCAGUGUCCUUAUGCUUUGAACUGCUUUGUGGUAUGACAACCUCCUGUUGCUUCUCUUCCCCCAACCCUCAAAUUACGCAAAAAAAAAUCAUACUUAUCAUUCUCCUCCUUGUUUGUAGUGGCCAGUUGAGGAUGUACUUUCCCGGCAUUUCAGAAAACGACGAGAACCACGCAACUGACCUUUGUGGACAUAUACCAGAAAACCUCACUAUGCUGGUAAUAGAUAAAGUUCUCAAUCUAACAGCGUCGGGAUUUGGAUAUCAACGGUACGCGGAAGAGUAUCGCAACGGAACCAAAUUUUUGAUCGACUAUGAGGCUGUAAAAGGCGAGAUUACCACUGUGACAGGUAAAGUAUAGUUCGUAUCCACUCAAAAUAUUCUUAUGCUGUUUGUAUAAACAAUUCUGGCGGAUAUCAAAAGAAACAUAUUGUGGCUGUAUUUAAUUCGCAUCGCGCAUAGCAUUUUCGUUGUAACCGAAAGGAUUCCCUAUUUCAUCUCGGAGUCUAAACAGCGGUUUUUAUUCAAAGCAUGUUAGAGCACAUACUCUCUCACCAACGCAUCAGCACAGUUUCUUCAGAAACUUACCCCGUUUAUGCAAAUUUCGUUCGAGCGUCGAGUUUUCAAUCAGAGCAAAACAAAUUAUAACAAAGAGUCGGCGAGAACUGGUGAUAAAAUUAAACUGAAGAAAGUGCGAGAAACGCAACCGACCUUGUCGCGAUUGUUCUCUAGUUUCGUUUCUGUCUUAUUGCAAAGGAGGCACAAUUUUCUUCUAAACUCAUUACAAAGGGGAGAAAAGCAGAACGCAUGCAAUCCAAAUACAAUAGUCAAUACACUCGAUAUCUGUCAUUUUGGUAAUAACUAGGGGAAGUGAUUGAGUCAUGGUCUGGACUUCAAAUGGACGUUGGCGAAACCUUUGUUAUAGUAUCCUGGCCUGAGCCACCAGGCAGCUUUAUCAGCCUUUCUUCUGUAAAUUAUUACCAAGUCUUAGUGGGAGGGUGGUCUGAUAGGAUAUACGUACCGCAGAACGUAACAGCGGAGGAAAAGACGCUGAAAUACGAGUGGCUAUUUCCUUGGACAAAUUAUACCCUGAAAGUUAUAACUGUGCUAAAAGAUGGGAGACGUGGAUGCACGGACUGGAUCAAGUUUAGGACUACGGGAGGUAAAGCAAAUUUAUGUUUCUCGAAAAUUACUUUUGUUUACGUAAAUCUUUCAUUGCAUGACGAUAAAAUACAGAGCGUACUAGCUUCUCUGUCCAUCAAUUGAUAACAAAGUAAUCUCUAUAUUUCCAAAUGCGCAAGGAAAACCUUUGUGUUUUAUAGUAGAACAGAAGGAACUUCAAAAAUGUUUCCGGCCAUACCAUAAAUUCAAUUAACCCUUUAUAUUCCAGGAGAGAAAAAUACAGAAUUUCCCCUUACGACAUCAAUACGAAUUCAAACCCGCAAGUGAUGAGAAUAAAGAAACAUAUCGUACAGGGGAAUAUUACUUGAUCCAACAUCAAGUUCUCCGAGCUAACAUCCUAGGAAUUUUAUGGUCGACAGUAGGGAGAGUAACUGAUGAGAUUUUGAAAGUGUAGGGGGUCAAUCAUGUGAGAGAACAUUUAAAUGCAAAUAUAUAAUAUUUCCUUAAUAUUAUAAUGACAGGUAGUUUCACUCAAUUUUUUUUCAUAAAGCUGAUAGUAUGCUCAUCCCAUCUAUGUUCUUGACUGUCUUAGUACCUCCAAGCAACCCGUUCAUCGAUAAGGUUGAAGUCAUUGACUACAGCACAAUAUGGGUCAAGUGGCAUAGGGUGGACGAACGCUAUUCCCACGGCACCAUACGUGGAUAUCGAGUGCACAUCACUCAGGCCAACAACUAUGAUUGCUCGCAAGGCUUCUAUGAUAGCGUGACCGUUGGCCCGGAGGAAACGGAAACGACGCUUACAGGGUUACCCGCAGGAACUGAAUUCUUCGUGUGGGUGACGGCGUUUACAUCGAUUGGGGAAGGUCACCAGAGACAUGAGCGUUGGGUGAAGACAAGUGAGAUGUCACUCCUUGUUAUAAAAAUGUGAUUUUAUAUGAUAACAUUAUUCAACUGUGUUCCUCGGUAGACUUCAGGAGCAUUUACUAGGUUUUAAUCUCUUUCUUUCGUGUAUUUUCCUUCUUUUUUAGUGAUAAAUGUCUCGUAGGGUAAACAAUUCAAUAUGAUACUCAUAGUCCUGUAAGUUGCGAGGCAACUAUUCAUAAGGUUUAACAGAGGUCUCUUCAUGGUCUUUUAAGAUUAAGAGUGAUUAUUUCGUCAUGGUGGCCAUUGGUGUUUGAACAGGAUCCUUACCGAAGAAAUGCCAAUGAACUGUUGGGUAUCCUGUUCUAAAUAUGAAAAACAGGGGAGGCCUCAAAGAAAAAGUGAAAUCGAAAGGGCCUCAGCUUUUUCUAAUUAUUUCUUUUAUUUUACGUCAUCGUGAGUGACUAAGACAUGCCCUCGAAAUUUAGUAAAAUGUUGAUGGAAUGAGGUGGAAGGAUAAUGAAUAUAUUAAAAAAGGUUUGUGUUUGCAUUGUAUUUCCGUCACACGAUUAAUUUCUACACUCUUUUUUAGAAUGCGGGGCUCCAAUGUACGAAAGGAAUGGUCUUAUCCGUAGCCGUGUAUUUCCAUUAAGGAUCACAUAUGGUGAUUGCUUAUGGGACAUUCACCCAAAAAACAAAAGCGUUCUUUUACAUUUUGAGCAUCUCAACCUUCCAGAAAGUGAUGGAUGCAGGUAUGAUGGAACUGUUAUCGUGAUCUAAGUUCAAACUUUCUCCAUGACUUUAUAUAUUAGAGCACCAGAGCAUCUGAGCUGGCUAUGCUAUGACUUUAUGAGUGAAAUUUUUCCAUUUAAUCAACUAGAUGAUACAUCAUUUCAUCUCAUAAUUUAUAAAAAUGUGUCAUAGUAGGCGCGAUAUAUCGGCCUCUUGAUCAAGAUGUCAAUGAGUUUGUUGCAUCAAUGCGAAACUUAUUGACAAUUGUCACUAAAGAGAAUAAAAUCUGCUAUGUUAUGGGCGACUUUAAUUUAGACCUCUUACGCCAUGAACAACGUUCUCUCACAGUAGAAUUUGUUGAACUGAUGUUUUCUCACCUGCUUUAUCCUCUCAUCGCAAAGCCAACCCGCCACUUCUCUCAUUGAGAACAUUUUCACUAACAACAUCACUUGUUUUUCUGGAAAUGGACUAAUAAUUAAUGAAUUAUCUGACCACUUGCCAAUAUUUUCCUUAAGCUAUAGUGAUUUUGGACACACCUACAAAAAGAGAACGCAUCACUGUACGUGACUUUAAACCGGAAUACUUUGAAAAUGUUUUGUGCCUCGUUAAAUCAUUUUAACUGGGAAAACCUCGAUAGAUCGAAUGCAAAUUCUGCAUAGACUCUUUUGCUAAUACAUCUAGUGAACUAUAUGACGAAAACUUUCCAAUUAAAUUCAUGCAACGUAAGCGCCUCAAAACCAUUCACAAUCCUUGGCUUACUAAAGGCCUUUUGAAAUCUAUUAGGAAGAAAGCGAAACUGUACAAACAGUUUCUCAAAAAUCCAAAUAUUGGUAAUGAAAAAGUGUACAAGAUCUUCAAAAACAAGUUAAAUCAUCUCAUCAGAAUAGCAAAAAGAAAUUAUUAUGAUCAAAAACUUGAAACUUUGAAAGGAUCUCAAAGCCACAUAGAAAAUACUCAACGAGGUAAUUAAUAAACAGAAGCUCAAAUUAAACUAGCUAGUCUGCUUUAAGAACAACGGUAAACUUACUUCUGAUCCAGAUUCUAUGGCUAACAACUUUUGUAAAUAUUUCUCAAAUAUUGGUCCUAAUUUAGCAGCAAAAAUAGCAACUUCCAGUGCGAACUUUGAAGACUAUCUAAUGAGUCCUCUGUAUCAACCCUUGGGAUUUCGGCCGCUCGUUAGUGAAGAACUUAAAGAAAUAGUUCACACCUUCGCUAAUGGUAAAGCCCCUGGAUUUGAUAAAAUUCCCACGAGAAUUUUUAACUUACUAUUGAAAUUAUUGUUGGCCCUUAACAAAGGUUAUUAAGCUCUCUUUAGAGAGUGGGUGUUCUCCAGACACCCUUAAAAUAGCGAAAGUUCUUCUCAUAUUCAAAUCCGGUGAUCCAGAAAGGAAAGAAAAUUAUAGGCCCAUCUCUAUUCUUUCAGCCUUCUCUAAACUUUAUGAAAGAGUAGUGUAUAAUGGUAUUUAUAUAUUAUAUCUAACGGACUUCAAUCUGUACAAUAACCAGUUUGGUUUUCGCAGACAUUACUCCGCUUCUUCUAUAAUCAACAAAGAAACAGCUGUUCGAGUUUUCCCUGAUCUCUCUAAAGCCUUCGAUACUAUUGAUCACCAAAUAGUUCUCAAAAAGCUUCAUCAUUAUGCAAUAAGAGGACAAACUCAUGACUGGAUCUCCAGCUAUUUGACAAACAGGCAACAGUUUGUACAAUUUGGUACAACUCGUUCACGACUGGAGCCUAUUAUUAUGAUUCCUAUCAUAUUAACCUCCUUCCUAAUGCUUUUGAUACUCUUUUUUCUAAUCAUCAUCAAAUUCAUACGUACGAUACACGGAAUAACGGAAACUACCGUACACACUAUUGCAGAACUAAUAUCAAGCAGUUUAUGAUCAUGCACCAAGGUCCAAAGGUUUGGAAUUCUCUACCUCGUGAUCUUAUCCCAUCCUACAGAUUCUCCAUCUUUAAGACUUCGCUUAAAAAAUUCCUCAUUGACAGAAAACUAAAGUAAACACGCCCGCCCGUAAAUACCCUCUCUGUCUUCCACAUCGUGUAAGGAACCCAGGUUUGAUAGGCUUCUAACAUCUGCUGGGCCUCGCCACACUUCUUUUAAAUGACCCUAAAUUGUAAUUUUAUCUGGAUUAAGUAUAGAUUCUUGUAUAAUGAUAUUAUUAUAGUUAUUAUUUUAGACUGUUGUAAACAACUGUAAUUAAUUUUUGUAUGAGUGUGUGUAAGAGGAGAAAAGAAGAAAAAAAAGGAGAGACACCAAGUCGCUCUGGUACAGGCCAUAAGUUAAUUUCUUAAUUUUUUAAAAUUUGUUAGGAUGAUCGUUAAUUAUCUGAUCUUUAGUUGCGAAGUUUUCUCUGAAGUCAUCCCAGGCGGUAUAGAAUAUUUCUUUGCAAAAGAGGGGCGCGCAUUCCAAUCAGGAAUCUCACAUGUUCAAAUGUUGAAGUGCUAAAAUUAUUCAGGCAGAUUAAACGCAAUUUUAAUCAAUGCAAAUCAGUUUUUGGUUCAGUUUUGCUGUUUUAAUUUUAACUGCAAUAGUAUUCACCAUUAUAUGCAUUCGUUUUCUUCCAGAGAUUUCUAUGCUGCUGUUGGGGAUAGUAGUGGCGUUGAACCUGAGCUGAUUUGCGGUGCUAGGGAGCCAUUUGACGUUCUUGUGCAGGCAAAGAAAGUGCUCCUUCUCUCCCACGCUGAACACGAAAUUCACGGGGACAGAAUAGGAUUUCAACUGCACUACAUGACUCUAAAUCAUUCUGUCUCAGAAGGUAAACUGAUAAGAACAAAAUGGUCUUCCACUUUUUAUAUGAUAUUUUAAGCAGAAUUUAAUUCUUAAAUGCUACAACUGUGAUAUGCUUGUGAGUCUCUAAGAUAUUUCUAGCCUACUUAGAUACUAUAGGAAACCUUUACUUGUGAAAAACAUAAAAUUUACUGAUUUAAAAACGGUUUUUUUCAACUCGUAGCUGAACGUAAAGCAAGCUGGGUAAUAACAGCUUCCAACGUCGCCUCGUCGACUGCAGAAAUCACAUGGUCACAUUAUUCAGCAGGUGCAGGAGAGACACUUGUCUUAUAUGCAAUCGUCUGCACACCAACUUUGCAUGAGGCAGGACCAUCCAUAACAACCGUGGUGAAGGAUAUCGAUAACUCAACUGCAAAGCGCUUGCAGCCAUAUACCGACUAUACUGCCCAGGUUAUUGCAUUAGUCAAAAGUGAAGUUGGCGAGAUGAGUUUUAAAGGAAGUGAGGAAGUAUCCUUCACAACUAAAGAAGGCGGUAAGAUGAAUGCAGUUUGUUUAAAGAAGUUCGGAAUAGAUCAAGCCGUAGAGGGGGAAGGUGGGAAUGGGGUUGAGGCGGGGAUGUAUAUCAUUUAUUUUCAAAUGAGUGAAAGCCAGCCUCACACACCUCAUUGCUCACCAAACGAGGAUUAGUGAUUCUGGGUGCUGUGUUGCGUCAAUCAUUCUUGUUCGAACAAUAAUCUAGUCAUCCUGAUGAUCAUUAUUUUUCAGAAGUCGUGAUGUAGACCCGUCCCAUGUCCACCAAAUCGAUCUUUGUUAUUUUUAGCGAUAAGAAAAACCUAACCUAGUGUGUCUUAUCAAAAUAUUUUACUUUCAAUUCAAGUUCCAAGUGAGCCUCCGGGAGACGUCGAAGCAAGUUCUGACGAUGGCGCGAUAAUCCUCACAUGGAAGCAUAUUCCGAGUGAUCACAUCCACGGAGUGUUAGUUGGCUACCGCAUCUACUAUCGCUUGUAUGACAGCCACAUGGAUGACCACGAGCUCGACCUCGAUCAGUUUUCCUUCAUCGACGUCGAUCAUACUGCCUUUGAAGCAAGGAUUGGGAAUUUGACCAAUUUCGAGACUUAUGAACUGAUGGUUGCUGGCUUCACUGCUGCGGGAGUGGGGGCUUUUAGCGAACGUACCCAUAGCAGACCAGGUAAAUGCAAGAAUUUUUUAUACUGUUGUGUUAUAUAAAUAUGAAAGCGAUCUCCGCAAUAACUAACACUACAUAAGCAUUAGUGAAAAUAAGUCCUGAACAACAUUCUGGCAUUCACAUGAUUUGAACCCAUGACCUCUGCGAUACGGGUGCAGUGCUCUACCAACCAAGCUAACAAGCCAACUAGGAGCUGGCCAUUAUGUUGGCUCGUAAUAAACCCCUGAAGUGAUGAGUAAGUGAUUGUGUUUAGUGAAUUUUUUAGAGACAUUGUGUGGCUCAUGAAGUUCGUUGAAUUACGACAAGAGAGGACUGAACUGAUUAUGAAACAUUUUCAAUACAAUACAGAGGAGCAGAAAUAUAAAACAAUCUGCCAGAAAAGUUAAAAACAAAAAUAAUCCUACAAUUUAUUAAACAGUUCCUAGCCUAAGUCUUCUACACAAAAGGAAUCCAAAAAAUGAUUUGUACGUAUUAAAAUACAUAGAUAUCCAAUGAAAACCAUGUGGUACUCCAGGUAGCCAUCACUUAAAAUGCAUUGCCAACCGUGCGUGAGAUCUUCUUUAAAAAAUACAAUAGGACUUGCCAAGAUCUCCUGCCUUAGAAAAAAAAAUAUGAUCAAUCUAAAAUUGCGCUGUAAUAGGCAAAUCAACUUGAAUCUAAUUUUACCAUUGGGCACCAUUAUGCACAUUUUGGUGUAAUUGCUUUGGCUUCUCUAGGUUGCCAAACCAGUAUACGCAGCGACAUGCGCGUCAUAUCAUCUCCUGGCUAUCCGAACACCUAUCCUAACGACGCGGAAUGUUUUUGGAUUUUUGAGAAGGAAAUGCUUGUAUUUGAUGUGGUCGUUGUGAUCGAAGAUUUUCACACAGAGGAACCGGAUGGAGGAGCAAAUUGCACGUAUGUUAUUAAAGAUGUUCCAAUAAUUAUUCAGAUUCUUGCUGAUAGCAUAAACAAAAAAGCAAAAGCCAAGAAAGGCUAAGGGGAAGCCCAUCCUUCCCUUCUCGAGCCUUCCCUUUGCCGGUGCUGAAUUUUGAUUGAAGAAACAGAAAGUCCUGUAAAUUUGUAUUCAUUGUUUUCCUUUUAGGAAUUGGAUAACAGAUUUUAUUGGAUUGUUCAAUCUUGAGCCAUUACGCGUAGCUGCCGGUCCAUUUUGUGGACUUCAUAGCCCUUUUGCCUUGGCUGCAAAGAGUUACCAACAUCGCCCUGCUCUGCUCUACUUCCGCUCAAACAAUGGACUUGCUUUCAAAGGUUUCACCUCUACCUACUUUGCCAUUACGGACUCGCCCAAAAUCAGUAAGUUACAAAUGUUACAUAGAGAACACGACCUCAGCAAGCCUUUUCAUCCGAGGUAGGAUGGUUAGGGGGAGAUGAAGACAGACGGCUUUAAAAUGGCUCGGGUUACUCACCUGACGCUUAUUUCUUCAAUGGCUACUUGAUUUCCUGGCCUAAACAUGCACUUACUUUCGCGUCAUUAGGAUCUUUGCUCAGAUCUUGAAUAUCCGGAAGAAGAAGUUUUGAACGCAAUUUCGAUUAUUUGGCUAGCCGAACUUGCCUGCCAGAACGCCUGAAAAAAUGGUUGUGUUCCCGCCUCUAUUUUCUUGCAAUAUUCUAGUUGCAUUUUGCUGCUAGCUAAGUUGAUAUAAACCAAAAUAUAUCAAAAUUAAACAAUAGCAUGUCUUACCUCAUGAUAACUCAAAUAGUCUCUUUUAUUGGGUAAUAUUCUAUGCAUGAGACGCUAACAUAAGUCAACCAAUAUAAAGAAUACUGAAGGAGCAGAAACAGUAAUCAAAUCACUAUUUGUAGCCUUGAACUCACACUUUGGGCGAGUCAAAGAAAGAAUGAAAAAGUACAUAAUAACAUACAUUUGUUUAGUUGAAAUGCCUAAGUGCACGUGAAAGCUUUUUUUCUUCUUUACAGCUGCUUCGAUUGGCGCCACCGAAAGUUUUGAGGUUAAGAUGACUUGGGAACCCUCCGAAGAUGAAGGCAAUAUUGAAGAGUAUUAUGUGCUUUAUAAACCAGUCAAGGAAAAAGAAAUCUGGAGAUUUAAAAAGACUGUAACUCUGUCAGCUACACUAGUAUUGCUACAACCAUUAACAGACUACGAAGUAAGAGUAGUUGGGUACACUGAUCGCGGAGAAGUUUACGCGAGUAGGAUAUAUCGUUUUACCACAAAAGGUAAGCUUAUUGUUUACGACGUGAGGUGCUUUUUUAUCUAACGAGGAAAUGAAUUUUCGCUUUUUCGCGAACGUGAGAAAAGGAAAAUUCCGAGGCUUUCACGAGGAAUCGAACCAAAGGACUUCACAUCUCUCAUUCCGAUGUUCUGGACAGGUGUUAGACAAGGUUUAUAUGCACCAAAGGUGACCCAAACACUGAACUAGGGAAAGGUUGUUGUGUUUUGUAAUCUCUCAUAAAAUUUGAUUUGUGAAACUGCCAUAGUAAUAUAAAUACCGAUUUACAGACAUUUACUGUAAGUCCUUGGGAAAAAAUCUUCUUGUAUUUAUCGGAAGUAAAUGAUGUUGACAAAAUAAAAAAUUAAAUUGCUGCUUCAUGCCUCUCUGCAGAUUUGGAUGAUGAUGGUGAGCCAACUAAAGCUCCAGAACCGGGUAAAUUAUUAUAAAAUGUUAAUCUUUUUUCUCUUCAUUCUUUCUCUUUUUCCCCUUUCCUUUGAUUCCCUUCACCAUAGAUGAUUUCAAGACCUCUCUUCAGUUUUCUUUCCAUUCCCUUAAUGUCCUCUUUCUCCGCCUUGCUAAGGUUUCUUUUGUAAUCGAUAGUUGAAUCCAUUAUGGUCUCUUAGCAAACAUGUUAUGAUUAUAUUUUUUCUUAGCCCCAAUCCACCGGAUGUAUCCAUACGGAGUUGACGCUGGAGACUCAAUCAUUACAUUUCCGUCAAGAACUAGUUGCUUUAGAAUUGGCAGAGAAAAAUUUGACACUGGAGGUAUUCCGCUGUAUGACAGAAGGCACAGAAAACUUCACGUAAGUCAUGAAACUGAGAGCUCACAAAACUUUAUUAUUUCAUUUAAGUGGGAAUUCAAAUAAAUGGCUCUGUCCAUGGGAAACGUUUCGAAAAAUAUGAGAAAAUUUUCAUACAUUUUCCUUUUUUUCUAGUGGUAGCAGAAGUAUUGGCAAGUUGCUACUUACUUCCCUUCGUUCCACAGAAACAAUGCUCCUUCGAAAGACAGUUGUUGCAGCUUCUAACCUAUAAUUCCAGGCAUUCAUAGAUAAGGAUCAAUUCUCCACAACAGGAGCAUAAACGGCACCCAAUCCAUUUUGUGCUAGAAUAACUCAAACUGUUUAUUUAUUGAAAUUUCUCACAUGUUUUGUCCUUUUUAUUCCAAUAAAAACAACUCUGUCAACCUGCAUAUAGACGCUAUGGUUAUUUAUAGAUAGUCCUACCUCAAUAUAUUGAAAUUCAAAAAUUAUUAAUGAAUAGCUUUUUAAUCAAGGUAUCGCGUAGUAAGCUAGGGCUACUUUUGGGCUAGACUUAUUCACUUCUUCCUUUUUAACACAUUAGAUAUGUCCAAAUGGAGCUAUCCAGUUCGAAAGAGACGGAUUCAAUGAGCAGUCAUACAACUUUGGUCAAAGACCUUGGCUUAGAUAUGUGUCAAUGGUUGCUCCUUAUUGGGCACCGACCAACCUUGAGUCGUUCAUUAGUGGCCCUUCGAAGGUUUUCUAUCAUUUGUAUUACGCGGGACAGGCGGAUUCCAUUGCAAUCUUAGAGAACGCUACUUCUGAUGUCCUCAGUAAAUUCGGCGGGAAACUGCCACAAGGAAAAACAUUCAAUGCAUCUUGGAUGCUCGUAGUUACGUGGAAAGAUAUUCGUCACAAGGUCUUACAUAAUAUCAACAAGAAUUUGGUGAGUAACACGUGCAAAUCUUUUCUGCCUUAUUGGUUUAAGAGCAGUCACCAAAAGAUGGUGAACAUAAGCUCUGCCGUCGCCUGGUUACCCGACGGGACAUUUAAGCUUUUUUUGUGUAUUCGCGGUGUCGGGUAUCCUCGAACGGUGCCACGAGGCUACCGAUUUGAAACCUCACUAUCUCGCUCAGUUUCUCGAUUUUUUGGUCUUAAUGUUAAACUAAUAAUGUAAAAUUUUGUGUGAGUUAUCUCAAAGCCUUCGUGGAUUGAAGGUUUCAUAUCACAAAUGGUUAGUUACCGUUCGCGGCAACACUGAGUAACAACGUUUAUAGUCUUAUGGUUUGUUAAUGUGAAACCAAAAGAUGCUAAAAAUGAUUUUUUUUAAUUGUUUCCCUUCCCUAACCAACCGAUCCAGAUAGAUGGCCGACUGACCGAUUUGUAGAUUUGUUAAUUCUUUAUCUGAGCUACUAAUUGACUAACGAUCUAUCAAAUGAAUGAUUAAUUGAUGGAUUAAUUGACUAAUACGAUAAAUAUAGCUCUUGAUUCAUUGUGGAUAAUUUUUGAACUGAUUGAUUGAAUAGUUUAUCGAUAUAUUAAUUUCUUGAUUGUAUGAGACAAGUGUCCAAUAACUGCAGAGAUUUGCCAAAUUGUCCAUAACUCUAAACCAACUUUACCUUUUUCAUAUAUUUCCUUGGUCUUUUUUGUUUCAGCACAAUACAUUUCAAGCUCUCCUGAUUACUGAUGGCAUAUUCUCUUUUGCCAUGUUUAACUACCCCCAUAACGGAAUACAGUAUUCUGUACCGAUAACACGGUGAGUCGUAAUACCUGUACAUCAGUUAGCCUUGAUUAGUUGGUCGUAAUAAAAGUUAACUGAAAAACUUCUCUUUUAAGUGCAAGGGAAGGAAGUUAACCGUGAGCGAACAUAAUAACUGUUAGUGGUUAUCGCCAUCACCCUCCUCUCUGCGUACUCGCUCUUUUCUUGUGAUAAAGGAAUAUUUUUAUGAGACUGAAGUUCUGUAAAACUGAUAUUUAACCGUCUUAGUCUGAUCCGAAUAAGGUAAUGUUUCGGUAAUACUUUCUUCUCUUUUUCAUUUUGCUCUUUGCAUAAGUGAUGUUAGUUUCUUUGUAUUUUUUGUUUUCAGUGAAUAUUAUGAAUAUUUCGCCAACUAUAAACCAUUGCCUGUUAUUGGCUGGAAUGCUGGUGAUAGAGACAACAAUUACUUUAAUCACCCAAGGUAUGAGAGAUAACCUUUCUUUAAGGGAAAGCGGGAUUUUACCUUGAUCGGUUUUUGUCACAAAGCACAAAGCUCUGUACAAUGACUCAGAAUUUCUAUUGAGGGUUUCUGAGAUCUCUUUCAUAAAUCGUGGGCCUAUAAUUUGUAUUAGUUUGUAUUCAUGUAUAUUUGCCUUUCUUGCCUUGAAACCAUGUUGAAAGAUUAGAAUUCUUGUUAGAAAUGCUAGCCUAAGAAGGCGAAUUUGCACCUACAUAAAAGAAUAAUAAAGAAUAAUGAUAGUGCCCACCAUUUAAAGUAAUUCAGUCUAUCUCUAUGAUGCCACCCCAACAUAUUUGACUGAGUCCUAGCGCUCCGCCAGAUAAGUUUGUACUUCGGGUAGGAUUGGGUUCAAAGGGGGGCGAUAUACGGGCGAGAUAAACAAGAAAGACGAGGAGCGAAUUUAAAGUGUGUAGAAGCAAACCACUGCAGUCCUAAAUACAACGUGAUAUUGAACCAAAUACUUGUAGAGCUUUUUGUUUGUUUAUUAAUCUAGUAUUUCAAUUUAUUUUAUAACUGGCGCAAUGGUAUCAGCAAUGGCCAUGAGUUUUUACUUGGUUCUUCGGUAUAGAGAAUAUCCACUAUCAUUGCUCAUACUUCCAUUCCAUUAAUUUUCAUUCAUCUUUGUCGCACGUUUAGCCUUUAAAUCAAAUAUCGAACUACUCUGGUUACAAACACUGUUGCAAAAUAACUGUCAACUCUCUCUUACUCAACAUAAUAACUUAAAUGCACAGGUCAGGAACUAUUCAAGCUGAAGCUAUUGAUAAUCUUGUUGGAAAUGCUGAGAUACCUGGAAGAUGGAUCUUCCGACUUGAAAAUUCGAAUGGAGAAGAAGACAGCGACUUGAAAUGCUUACUUUGGUAUGCCAAAGAAAGGAGAUAUGUGUUCGGUUAUAGCAGAGAGCCAGAUCCGUGUCCCUGUACCGGAGUGCAAGGAUACUUUGAUGAUCGAUAUGAAUGGGUCGAGGCGGAUUUCCCCUUUAGCUACUGUUUUUACACAAAAUUCCCCAGACAAGGAAGUGGCCGCAAAUGUUGCUACUAUACAACCCUAGAAAAACUGGCAGCACUUAUCAUUGGAUUCCCUGGUGGAGGCUCCCUUCACCGAUACCAUAGCCUCAAUACGUCACUGAAAGAACAACACCAAGCAAGUGAUCUCUACGGAUUCCGCCACUGCUGUCUAGAGGCUAAGAAUCCAUUUUUGUGCAACAGGUACUAUGAAUUACGGCCAUCUGAGGGAUGUGAUGGAUAUGAGCCACCUGUGUGGAGUAAGUUUUUGUUACUCUUGUUAUUAUUGUUUAUUUCUGUAUUUUCUUUCAUUCCAAUGGAAGUAUUCUCACUUGUUGGAGUAUGAACACGCUGUUACUUGUCCGCAUUCUAUUUGCAGCCACUUUUGGCAAAUCGAUAUCAAUCAUCUUCACGGCAUUCAAUGAACCACUUAGUAGGUAAACAAAGUAAACAUGAUCUCAUGAGGUAUCACUUUCGCUUUGUUUGUCACAAAGUAAAGGCCACUUAAAUGAUAUUGCAUUUGCUAUGACUAACUAACCCUGUUUCACUCUCUACCAUCUCUUUACCUACAACAGCCCUCCAUAUUCAUAUUUUUUUUACAUAACUUGUUGAUCAGGGACAAAAGUAACUUUACAUGUUCUGCUCUAAAUUGCUAUAAAACAUUCACAUAAGCCUUAUUUAAAAUCCAUGUUAAGUAAUUUUUCACUCCAUUUUCUUGUCUCUUGAGAAAAAUGUUAUUUUUAUUAAGUCUCUUAGAUUAUUAUUCUCUGACUCUCGAAGUUAUACGUCUGUUGAUUUUGCUACAGGCUGGUUAUGGGGCGAUCCUCACAUUGUUACUUUAGACGGUCAAAACUACACAUUUAAUGGGCUUGGGGAGUACACUAUGAUGGAGUUACAAGAUGGAUCAUUCCAGUUGCAAGCUCGGACGAAACUUUCUAAAGGGGGAGGAACAGCAACCAUUUUUGUUGCAGCAGUGGCAAAGGAAAAAGAUACAAGCGCUGUCCAAGUUAAUUUGAAAGAUGAAGGUAAGUUAAAAAAAAAAAAAGAUAUCCUCGACGUUUUCUUGUAAUAAAAAAGUCAACUGCAUUUAACUUAGAUGCUACAUUAUACGUUCACGAAAAAAAAAAUUCCUUUCUUCUAAGCGAUCGACAUUCAGGAAGCUUUCAUGGCAAAUUGUACCAGUUUAUGGUGAUAAGAUUAAAAGUUCUAUUAGAACUUCUUUAAAAUGUUUACUUUUUGAUUCGUUGCCACCUCUGAGUCGAAUAUGUGUUGUGAAUUAUACUGAAGAAAAUUCCUAUCUCAGUAGAUGAUCGCUUCCGGGACAACAAUGUGAAAACCCUAGGAAGCUAGUAUUAACUGAGGGUCAAACGAUCGAUCUUUCAUGAUGGAAAAUUCGGAAUAACCUACGGUAGCGAUAAACUAGUAGACUCGCGGGAGAUUCAUUCCCUUAAAUCUUUUUUCUUUAUUUCAGGAGGUCUAGAGGUGUUCGUGAAUGGUGUUGUCUUCCAGAACUACACUACCUUGACCAACAUCAGUAUAAAUCUCGACGGGUCUGUGUCAGUUUCCCGACCAGAGAACAAUUCCUUCCUCGUUGCGUUUCCGUCUGGAAUAUCUGUAACAAUCACCGAAGUGCAAGGAUCACUUUCCAUAGUUUUUGCUGCCCCAACCAAUUUCAAAGGUCAAACCAAGGGCCUUCUGGGCACAUGGAACGACAACGUGGAGGACGACUUUCUAAGACCGGAUAACACGACGUUACCAUCUAAUUCUACAGGCAGACAGAUACAUUUUGACUUUGGGUUGAAAUGUAAGUUUUAUAGCCUAUGAUUUUUUUUUAGUCUUCCUUUUCUAUCUUAUAACGAAGAAAGCCUGUACUCCUCCGUUUGCCUUGUUGGACAAAAAGUUACACAUAUGCGAAGGUACGAGGGAGACAUCACUUUUUGCUUGCAAAGCCAUUGAGUCACGUCAACUAUAUUCGUGAUAAUUUGCGGGAAAAAAUCUGAACAAAAAAAACGGAGAGCUGGGCAUUUGUACUCUGAAGUUUAUCGUAGGUUUUUUAGACAGUCACGAUAUUUAGCUUAUUUAGUUGUCAUAUUCUAUAAGCUGUAUUUGACGCUAUAUUACAGGGCAAGUAUCGUCAAACACGAGCCUUUUCACCUAUAAACCUGGGGAAAAUACGAGCUCUUUCGUCAAUGAAUCAUUUGUUCCAAUUUUUCUGGAUGAGCCCAUACAAUUUGCAAGUGACGAACUGAAACUGCAAGCCGAGGCUGUAUGUGGCGGGGAUGCCAACUGUUUGUUUGACAUAGCAUCUACAGGAGACGUUGCCGUAGGAGCUAGCACCAAGCAAGUUGCAGUGCAGUUGGAAAGUGAAUCUCAAGACUUACGUAAGUAAACAAAGCUACAUUAAUUCCUAGCCAUUUAUAAACGUUGUAGACGUUAGUCAGGCGGAGCACCCUCAGAAAAUUGCCACGAAUCUACAAAUAAGCGUUCAGCGAUUCGGCUUUAAAUAAAAAGCCAGUCAUCGUGUUUUCACAAAAGCUUCCUUUCCUCUUGUAAAUUUAUGAAAAGGUGAAGCAUUUAUGAAAACAGUGCAGUUUUGGAAGAAUAGUCGAUCGAAAAUAGGUUUUAGCUGUCUGUAGACGUAAUGACAAUAAUGAUUUAAGGCCUUGAUAUAAAAACUUUAAUCCAAUUGCUUUAAUUUGUUUUGGGGUUAAAUUCGUCCACAGUCGCCUUUGAUUAAUCAUCAUGAUUCGUUUUCUUUCAGUCUGUUGAACAAUUACAUUAUAAACUCAAGAUUUCUGUCAUGCCAUAGAUGACGAGGGUGAAGCACCAUUUCUUAAUAGGAAUCUUACAAAUUUAUGCUAAUAAAUGAUUUUUUUCUUUCAUCCUUUAGAAAAUUUCCCGCCAAAAAUUUUGGUAGGGCCAACUGAGCUUAACAUUACAGUCAACACUACAACAAAUGUAACGAUUGUGGCACAGGAUCCCAACAAUGACACGAUGACUUUCUCUGUUAGUGGGACUCUUCCAAAGGGGCAUACAACGUCAACCACCGAUUCCUCAAUGUCACUUGUAUGGGAAGUGACCACUGAUAAGGUACCUAGUUUGAAUUUGCCAGAAAACGUUUUGUGCUAUGAUAAGUGGUUGUGUGACUUGAGAAUGAGUACUGAUAGGACUUGGGACGAGGUAGUAGCAAAGAGAAGGAGCCGGUAAACACAGAGAUAAGGGCUUAGGUUGAAGUGAAUGGAGAAAAGCAGGACCAAAGGGAAGUAGCUGGUUGAGUGAAAUGAGUAUUAACUGAUAAGGAGGAGGAAAGAGAGGAAGAUAAAUGAUAUAGUAGCAACAAUAGGCCUAUCCCUGGUUCCUAAUUUAUCGCCUUCCAUUCACUGUUGGACCUGGCAGCAUAUCAUGUGAGUUUAAUAGAUUACCUUCGUUUGAGAAUAUAUCACUCCUUCUGGCAGAUUGACAUACAAUUCAUAGUGGCUGAUGCAACAACUAGUACAGUUUUACAACCAGCUAUCAACGUCUGCGCAUGCCAAAACCAAGGGGUUUGCACACCCGUGGAGGAAGACGAUGCCGAAAAUAGUGCUGACAGCAGUGAGAACAAAUUUAGUAUUUUGUCAUGCACUUGUCAGAAUGGAUAUGCUGGAACUCUCUGUGAUGCAGACCUCGAUGCUUGCGAAGAAAAUUUCCAGCCUUGUUACCCGGGUGUGACUUGUAACGAUCUGCCAGCGCCUGCAAAUAAAACUGGAUUCAAGUGUGAUCCCUGCCCAAAUGGGUAUUCUGGUGAUGGACUAGAAUGUUCAGGUAACGGUUGCUCUUUGUUUAAAAAGAAAUUCCAUAUUUCUACAAGCAAAAUUAGUUAGAAAAUAAGAAAAGUUAGUUAGUUAUGCUUAAUCUUAGAAAGCGGAUGACAAGUAUCACUAAUGAGACUGAUUGUAGUCCAAUUAGGUCUCUAACCAUACGAGUAUAACAACAGACAGAAUUGGACUACACAAAGUCCUGUCACCAAUUUAUCAAAAGUAGAAAAACAAACUAACUACCGGUGAUAACAGUUAGAUGUGUGAUGACAGCGUGCGCACGUGAAGUGUGCUGUCCAACUUCAAAGCCAUGACGUGUACACUGUCCAAUUAGCGCUCAACUUCGGCUGGUGAUAAUCAACCACGUUCGAGAAUUUUGUUAUAGUUCUAAUUAAGUAAUUAAGCCCUCUUUUGUAUUUUCAGACGUGGACGAAUGUGCCAAGAACACUGAUGGCUGCAGUGACACCUGUAUCAACACCCCUGGAUCAUUUGUAUGCGAGUGCAAAGCGGGAUACUCUCUCGGAAUAGACAAAAAGACAUGCGCAGGUAAUCCAAAAUAAAACGAAAAGAGGCUUUGUUUUCUUAUCUUAGAAAAAAGCAUAUCUGAUUAUAUUCUUCGUGGUUGAAGAGCCUGAACCAUUUUCGAUUUUCAUCGAAGUAAAUUCUUAUUUCGACCUAAAGGGUUAGCAGGAUAUUGACUUUUUUCACCCUUCUUGUACUAAAUUAAGUUUUACCACGGAUAUUUAAAGUGUUGCUGUGGCAUUACUCGUGUAUAAAGUCCAUUGGUAGUUAACUUUGGUGUUUCGACAUUAGACCAAUUAUUUCAUUUUAAAAGGGUUUGGGGCCAGUUUCUUGUUCGUAUUUGCCAACAAUCAUUGUUUGAUGCCGUUUGUAUCUUUAUCUUUAGAUAUUAAUGAGUGUUCUCCAGUCGGUGAUUGCAUGCACAUUUGUGAAAAUACUCUGGGAAGUUAUAACUGCAAAUGCAAUGUAGACUUCAAGGUGGACCCGGAUGAUUCAAAGAAAUGCAUACGUGAGUAAUUCAGUGUCACUUUUCUGAUAAGUUCCGUUGUAUUUCCUGUGAAGAUGUUUGAUUAUGAGAUAUGCUGGCUUUUUAAUUAUUCUAUUAGCCUCCAUUUCAUCUCUAAGUUGCUGAAAUCUAAAUUUUUUUUAAGACAAAAUGCAUAUCUUUCUGCAGUUGAGCUCUCAAGGUAAAAUCCAAGCACAGUCUUUGUACGGUCUUCACUCUUGUUUUACAUGAAAAUUUCACAUGCAUGUGAAAUUUUUUUCGCGAAAGGCAUGUGAAUGUAUUUCAAAACCCUCUGGAAAAUGGUGUUUCUUUCAAAUAUUGUUUUUGAUACUUCUUAGGGAGUUCUUGACGCCCACAAUAUAAAAAAAACCUGCUUCAUAUUUCCAAAAAUUUUUCUGAAACUACUCUGAAUAAGUAACGUUUUUGUCCCUGCAUUAGUGAUUAUUAUUUUAUUGAAAUCGUUACUGCUUAACAAGUUAUACUAACACUCUGCAUUCAUGACACAGCUGUGAAUCCUUGUGAAGGAAAUCACGGCUGCCAGCAUGUCUGCUUCCAGUCCAACGGCCAAGACAAGUGUUCAUGCAAUCCAGGGUACGAGUUGAAUGAGGAUGGAAAAACCUGCUCAGGUGUGUCAUGAAUACCUGAGCUUUAAUCAGUGUUGAUGAAUCGACAUCGAUCAUUUUUCUGUUGAUUUUAACUUAUUUGUUAGGCAUUUUUGAGUCUCUGUUGUUAAGACCAUACCACACAAACACACACACACGCAUCAUACCACCUUAGAAAACCAGAUUAAAACAAUGCAAAACUCCUGCAGCCAGCCAUCUCUUGCCCAUCAGUCUUCUCUCGCUCUUCCUUCUUUCCCUCGUUUUUUAUUUUCUUCUUUUACUGAUGAGGUUGAGAAAUCUUACGAAAUUACCUUUUAAAAGAACACUUUUGAUCACACAUAGAUGAAUCCUCAAAAUAAAUCCUAAAUGCUCCUCUUAAAAAAAAAUUGGUGCUGUACCAUGAGUAGAUAUCACUCCAAGAGAGACAGAUUAAGGGAAUUUAUCAAAUUCUUUGUUCUUUCUUCAGUCCUUUUUGACUUGUAUUAUCUACAUUGGAAUGUAUCUGUUAGUAGCUUUUUAAAGAGAUAUUCUCAAUAUCGCAAAGUGACUUAAAUGCAUUGCUUUUUUAUACCCGUAUUUUUUGUUUUUUUUAGAUGUGGAUGAGUGCUCUUCAAGAGACAACAACCGUUGUAGUCAGUCUUGUAAAAACACAGUUGGAAGCUAUGAAUGCUCCUGUGUGGCUGGGUUUAAACUUGACAGCGAUGGUUACGCUUGCAAUGGUAAUAGCUACAGUUUAUUAAUUAAUUAUCUCUCAAGAACGAUCCGUUUAACAAAUUUUGGAUAUAACGAUCUAUUUAAGAAGGAGGCACAUCUUUAUUUACUAUUUGAGGUAUUCCGUUUGGUAGAAUGAGGUUUACGUCACAAUGGCAAACUGUGUUGCGUUUAAUUCUUUUUAUUUCUACCUCAGAUAUCGACGAAUGUAUGGAGUUUACAUUUAAUUGCGAUCCCUCGCAGAAGUGUGAAAACACGCCUGGUUCCUACAAGUGCGUCUGUGAUGAAGGACUUUAUUGGAUAGAUAACAUGUGCAAAGGUGACUUAUUGUCCAAUUGAUUAUUUUGCUUAUUUGCCCAAAUGAAAUUCCUGAACUACUUGCUGGGAGACGUAUCGAGCUUUUAAUUUCGGUCAUUACUGCUGAAACUAAUUAUAGGUGCAAGUGGUUGUCUGUGAGUUAGUUAGCAUACUCUGCAAGUUUCUAGGACUUUAGCAGAUGAAAACAAGUGAGCGAAUCUGUUUGAUUCUGCUAAAUAAUUCCUAGAGCAAAAUCAUGGGAUACCACCAUAUGAUAAGUUAGGCUUUUUAUCUCGUGAUAGGGAUGGCUGGUGGGCUUCUUUUAGACUGCUAUAUCUGCCGAUUGUAAUUAAGGGUGGAUUCUUUUUAAUUAGUAUGUUUGAUAUCUAUUUUUAAAAGUCUCGAUCAAAUACUCAUAGGUUCGUGAAUACUUGAGCGCGAAAAUACACCACUAAGCCAGUAAGAGAUACGUAAUUUCACGCACAUUUUCUUCUUCGACUGUUAUGAUUUGUGUUGCGAUAAUAGGUGAAUCUGUUUUGAGGUUGAUAACAUUUCUUCAUCUUCUCUAGGGCUAGAAAAGGGCGAGGCUCCUCCUCCACCCCUUCCCGCCUCAACCCCAAGGGCACCAUCAGAUGAGGAGAAGAGUGAAUCGGUCAACGUAGAGGUGGCCUUCAAUAUCUCGAUGGUAAGAAACAGAGAAUACUUGCAUGUGAAAAACUGCACUGGCUGCUUACAGUCCUUCUCGCUACAUUGUAGCAAGAUUGUAGCAAGAUGACAGUGACUUUGCGUCUUCGACUGUUUUUUUGCCAUUCUGAAAAUUUGGGAGACACGUGAACCAUCAGUAUGGCAGAUUAUCCUUUAAGAAAGGAGACAUUUUCAAUAAUCACAACCGAUAUACUGAAUAAUUAUUUUUCUUAGUGGAACGCUGAAGUUGAAGAGAAGUUCAAAACUACCCUAGCAGAAGCAGCAACCAAACAUUGCGCGACAAAGGACGAUUGUACAGAUAAGAAAACGAGGUAGAGAUUUAAUCUGUCUAUCUACAAUAUGGCCGAUCGACUGACAUACCGACCGUGGCACACUAACUGAAUAAGAUAUUGCCUACCGGGUCAAUACUUUGGGCAAAUUAAUCACGGUGCACCAAACGACUAAAUAACUGACUGACUGACUGACUGACUGACUGACCGACCAACCGACUAAGUGGUCAAAUGACAGACCGACUGAGCGACCGACUGACUGAUCGACCGGCUGACUGACCGACUGAACUGACUGACUGAACAGACCGACUGACAGACUUGCCGAUCGCCUGACUGAUGGACCGUCUGACUGACGGAAUAUUCAUCGUAUAAAACUCAGAUCAGCCGACUGCCUAUCACUGCGAACUAUCGCCUGCUUAACAGGUUACAAAUUUGACAUAGGUAGAGAUCGGAAGGCUUAUAAAUCGUAGCUGACUGACAGACUAUCGAACCGAUAGUUCUGCAUUAACAAAAGAUUUAAGAGCAAGGUCAUUUCUUUGGCCCAGGGCGUCAACGCUGUAGCUGUAUGCAGGGCAUCUGUCAUAUAGCAACACCGGCGUCUGAAGGUUUUCGAUCCAAAAACUUAAUUCAAACUUCAUCAUAUUUCAGAUCGAAGAAGAAACAAUUAUAUAAAUCCACCCAUGCACUUCUUUUGCAUCUUUUUUUCAGCUCAAGGCGCCAGAGAGCAGCGAGCUACGUCACAUUUACCGAGAACCAAGUUCAUUUUCUGCCCGGUUACCCAAAGCAAAUAUCUGUAGUACCUCUCUUAGCAAGCCUUGCGUUUUAUGUACAAUUUCCUCCUGGAUCGUCAGUCCCCGUAAUAAAGAAAGACGUCCUGGCCAACAUCGUUCAAGGGUCACUGGUUGAACUCUCGAGCUCCAUAAAUGCCAAUAUAUCGAGUGUACAAAUCCUUUUUGCCGAUACAACGACGGUAACGACUCCUAUGACCACAGCUACCCCGACAGAAAAAGAUAGAUCCAAAAUGCAUGCCAUCAUUGGUGGAUGUGUUGCUGCUACUUUGCUCCUUAUUCUUGUCAUCAUUGCCACCGCUUGGUACUGUAAGAAGAUAAAGAAGAACGGGUAUGUCAAUACACAUCUUGUUUGACGCGAUCUUCUGGUAGUAGAGGGUAAUUUAGAGGAAGUCAAAUUAAUAGGGCAAAAAAACUGCUGUGCUAACUUCUGCUUACUGUGAUCAAUGUUCUCCUAUACUCUACCAACAUUUCUCCAUCUAUUGGUGAAAUUUUUAAAGAAGACUACUGGUGAAGAAGUCUACUAGUAAGACUACUAGUAAAUGAAAAAUCCAUAAGAAAGAUAGUUGAAGCAUGGCCAUCAAGCAAGAUCGCAAUCCCCGAGAGUAAUACACCAAUUUUGUCCAGAAUUCCUUUACAUCGACCCCUUCCUACCCUGGACAGAAAUGAGCCAUAGUAUUUGUGGUCAAACACCGUGCAGGUGGGGAGGUAGGGAAGGGGGAUUAUUGUAUUGAGGAGCAGCACAUUUAAAGUUUAUUUUCCAAGAAACAUUUAAUAUGGAGUUUACGCCAUGUGGCACGUGUUAUUUACCACGCAUGUGUUAUCUUCGCCAUCUAUGACGUGCAUGUGUCGCAUAUCAUUAGGUGUGUGAAAUCUCAGCCCCAGCGAGAUAGAAAUUAUGAAAGAAAAAAAUUGGCAGAAGUGAAUUCGAAUUCGGGCUGAGUCCCAGAGGUAUUUGUUUCAAGUGUUCCCAAACGGGAUGGUUUUUAUUUAUUUUCUUUUUCUUUUUCUUCACCAAUGACAGCGUCAGGUAAAGUAAAACUGAAUUGUUUAUUACUUUAAAUGCUUCAGGUCGACACACCCUUAAAUAUGUUUGGCCACAUUUUUUUUUUUUUUUUGCAUUGACACUAACUCUGUUUUUCUCAUUUUAGAAUUGCAAAACAACGAGUCGACAGAGAGCAGUCAAUUUCCCGAAAAAUCUCAGGGAUGGAGAUGGCAGCUGUUAAUGGUGCAUAUAUGAUGAGCCCAGGUUCUCUUCCACCAGGGUCAAUGGAACAACACUAAGAACUGGAAGGACCCGAAAAGGAAUAUGCUAUGUACAAUGAUACAAAGUAAUUUGGUGAACAUUCGAAUGAAGAACGUAUACUUAAUGAACGAAAUUGUUUGCCCAAUGCUCUAGUAAGUAUGUUUAAUUUGAAUGGUGCACUUAACAUCAUGCAGAAAGAGAGCAUCUCUUUCUUCUGUACUUUUUUAAACUUUUCAUCUCUGAGAGAAGAUAAACUCUGGCCUUCCGCCAUCAUUUUUUUAUUCUGCUUGAAUUUUACUUCACUUUUCAGGUUUUCUUUUAUUUUCCCUUACAUCGCUAUUGCAUCGUGUCAAUCUGAGUUCAUUUCUUUGCAUUUUAUCCGAAUAUCUACAGUAAUUUUAUCAUUUUAGACCCAACAGUUUUGAAGUGGGUUUCCUCGGAGGAAAUCAGUAUAACCUUUUUU